AUGGCACUACUGGGCCCAUACAAGCUUGUACGGGAACACGAGAUCUCUGUGGUACGAGGAAGCAAAACAUUAGUAGCUCUGGCUAGCCACUGUGAUGUUAUUUAGAAAUAGUUUAAAAGGUAGAUUUGGUUAUUUUAAGCAUAUUUAAAGUAAGCCACGUCUGUUGUUCUAUUGAGAGCCCUGUGGUCCGUAAACUGAAGUUGACGCCGUCGUUGUUUUCUUUAUCCAGUGGUUCAUAGCAAUAGCAGUUAGCAUGUGAUGUUUUCUGGAAGUAUCUACAGCAGCCACUUCUGUUGCCAUGGUUACACCGCGUCCCAAACUUUGAAUGGUCAGCCUCGCGUUUUACCCCACCGUUCUUCUUGAUCCUGUAAAGUUUUUUUUCCAGCUUCCAGGAGGUGAAGGGGGAACAGAAGACAGCAAAAUGGUGCAGUUGCAUGUGAAAAGAGGAGACGAAAGCCAGUUUUUGUUCAACACUUCUGUGGACGCGCCUCUGGAGACCGUAAUCCAGCAAGUUACUUCUAUUUACAAUGGGAGGCUCAAGGUGAAGAGAAUAUGUGCAGAAAUUGCAGAACUGGCAGAUCAUGGCAUCACUUUACCACCAAACAUGCAGGGCCUAACAGAGGAUCAAAUUGUGGAGCUGAAGCUCAUUGAUGAAUGGGAAGAGAAGUGUGUUCCUAGUGGCGGUCCAGUGCUGAGGCAGGAUGAGAUAGGAAAGAGGAAUGGACAAGCUCCAAAUGAGAAAAUGAAAGAGGUUUUGAUGAAAACAGUAGAUGAAGCAAAAAUGCUAAUUUCAAAGAAACAAGUCCAGGCUAAUGUGUGUGUCACUAUGGACAUGGUGAAAGAGGCUCUCGACCAGCUGAGAGGAGCUGUGAUGAUUGUUUAUCCCAUGGGCCUGCCUCCACAUGACCCCAUCCGGAUGGAGAUGGAGGACCGAGAAGACCUUUCGGGAACACAGGCGUCUCUUCAAGUUGUUCCUGAGGAGGACUGUCAGCUGUGGUGGGCUGCUAAAGAGAUGCAGAGAGGGAAAAAGCUCCAGGACUACAUAGGCAAGAACGAGAAGACAAAAAUUUUGGUAAAAAUUCAGAAGAAAGGCCAGGGGGCACCAGCAAGGGAGCCAUUGAUCACUGAGGAACAGCACAAACAGAUGGUGAUGCACUACCACAGGAGACAAGAGGAACUCAAGAAACUGGAGGAGGCCGAUGACGACAGCUACCUGGACUCUGAUUGGUCAGAUAGACAGGCUCUCAAAAGACAGUUUCAAGGCUUAACCAACAUCAAAUGGGGACCAAGAUGAAGUCUAAAACUGGUACAUGUGGCAUGCCUCCAAACUGCUGCUCUGACUGUUCUGACUAUUAGGUCUUACCACUGAGCCAUGCAAGUUAGAAUGGCUUUAAUACAGACUUGUUCCUCUUUUUUAGUUGAUCUUAUAAUAAUAAAAGUAAAACAUCAGAUAUGUUAUUAGAAAGUAAAUGCAAUAUUCGUUCCUAAAACUGGUAUCCAUUGUUACUUUUUAUAUUGUUUUAAAGCCAGUAGAUAUUUUUCAUAUCCUUUCUUAUGGCCACCUGGGGUUCACUGGGUUCAGGAUUUCCCUCUCACAUGUGGACGUAAAAAGUGAGAAGUGGAUAACCAUUUUCCACUUUCAGUAUUGGUGCCCAGCUAAUGGAAAUCCACUCUCACAUUUGCUCAUAACACAUACAUUGGUUUGCAUAUACAUUAUUAUUCAAUAAAAUAUCACUUAAAAGAGUGAGAA